AGAAAGGGAGAGACGGUCGUACAAUUGUGUUUAGCUUAUUAGGAGAUGGUGAGAAUCAAUAAAGUCCUGCUCUGUGGAGCCAAACAGAUAGGGAAGUCUGCAAUUCUAGAACAACUGAUUUACGGACACGUCACUAGAGAUUCGAUUUUUCACCCUACAAUAGAAGAUACAUAUGAAUGUCAUGUUGACACAGAUAGAGGAGUGAAGGAGCUUAUCCGAUUCUAUGACCUGGGUGGAAUCACUUCCAAAAACAAAGAAAUUCCGCGCCACUACUUUAAUGUUGCAGAUGCCUAUAUCCUAGUGUAUGGUAUCAAUAGCCAUGAGUCUUUCCUCAUCAUGGACUCUUUGAAAAAAGAAAUCGACAGGAACAAGGAGAAGAAAGAUGCAGUAAUGAUUGUCUUGGGAAACAAGCUGGAUUUGGUAGAAGAAAGACAAGUGGAUUAUUCUCAGGCCUCUUUAUGGGCUGCAAAGGAACGUGUUAGACUGUUUGAGAUCUCAGUUUUUGACCAGCAAACAUUGAUAGAACCAUUUGUGUAUCUUUCUUCGAAAUUGAAUCCACCCCCACAAAAAUCUACUUUUCCUCAGUUAAGCAUGGGCAUGGGAAGAAGCAAAAUCAAAGAUUGAAUCCCACUAUUAAACUUGUUAUUGUGUUAUUUUCCUGUUAUGUUUUCAGUAUUAUAAAAACUUUCCUAUUUGUCAUAUGAAAUCUCAGUUUCGUCUUUGGAUAAAAAAAAUACGACGUGCAUACUCCGUCGU